AUGUUCGCUAUUCUGUUGGGCCAAUGGAUGGGUCGACGGAAACGGGCGGCCAACGAGGAUGGGGCCAUGGCCAACUCUAUUUAUAAUACCCCGCCCUCGUCGCCGGAACCGCCAGAUCGGGCCAAGUUGUCGUUGACGAAUUCGUUCUCAUCUGGGGACUUUUUUGAUGCUAAGACGGUGUCGAUUGAGGAGGUUGAUGGUCGGGAGUUGAAGUCGGUUGAGGAUGUUGAUAGUGAUAAGUUAGAUUUGGUUGCUGAGCUUGGGAAUGAUAAUCUGAAGCCAAUUGAUAAGGUUGGUAAUGGUAACCUAGCUUCAGUUAAAGGUCUUGGUACUGAUAACCUGAGUCCUAUUGGAGAUCUUGCUACUGAUAACCUAAAGCCAAUUAAAGAGCAUGCUACUGGUAACCCAAGCCCAAUUGAAGACCUUGAUACUGAUGACUUAACUUCAAUUACAGACCUCUCUACUGAUAACUUAGCUUCAGUUGAAGACCUCUCUACUGCUAACCUGAAGCCAAUUGAAGGCCUUACUCAUGAUAACUUAACUUCAGUUACAGACCUUUCUAUUGAUAACUUAACUUCAGCUCACGACCUACCUACUGAUAACUUAGCUACAGUUGAAGAAGUUGCCACUCAUGAGCUGACUUCAAUCGAAGACCUUACAUCUGACAAUUUACCUUCAAUUAAAGACGAAUUGCCGUCUGACUCAUCUCUCUUACCAUGUACUUUACACACACCUGACCCGACCCUUUCACUCGACUCGAAUGAGCUGCUGGACCGUUCCUGCUCGAUUACUUCCGAAUUCCUAAAAACCGAAGAUCUCAGUCUGUCGGCCAUCGAGAUGGCUCCAACUCUCCAGCUCUCGGUCACUGCUCUAAUUAAAGAUAUUCUCCAUCCCUUCGACAGCUUUUUGGAGGCUAAUCCAGAUGGACGGACUGUUUCGAAUCCGUUCGGCGAUUUUCAAAACGAACACACCGUUUUCGAAGUUUUGAAUUCAAUUUGUGAAAGAGUGGCACAAGUGGAGGAGUCGGGUCAAGUGGACGAAGCUAAUAAGGAAGCGAAUGGAGAAAGUAAUGUAGAAGCUAAUAGUGAAGCUAACAGAGACGCGCUUACAGAAGCUAAUAUAGAAGCUAAUAUGAAUGGAAGUAGACGGGCUCCAUCCAGCUUAGAGAGUGAUAUGACCGAUAUCAGCGAAAGUGAUACCUCUGAGACGGUUUCGGAUAGGUAAGGAGGGCAGGGUUUGUUUACUGAUAUGGCUUUUUCAGGUUUUUUAAAAAUUUUGUUAUAUUUAAAAGGCAAAAUAAAAAAAAAUGUUUUUUUGAAAAUUGAACGUUGAAAUUUUAAAAACUUUUUUUUGUAAAUCAACAGAAAGAAGAAAAGGGGGGGGGCCAAAAUUAAAUUUUCAAAAAAAAAUUUUUUUUUUGGAAAUUAACAGAGGGGACCACGUUCAAAUUUUAUGAAAAUUACAAAAAAAAAUUUUAAAGCGUGAAAAAAAGGGGGGGGGAGGACAAUGAAAUUUAAAAAAUUUUUUUGUAAUUUAACAGAAAGAGGAAAGGGGGGGGAGACAACUUUUCUAUUCACUAACCACCAGAACCUAAAAUAAAUAUUUUUUAUCUUCAGCGAAGACUCAAGCGAGCUAGCCAAAAAACAACAAAAAAAGCGCCAUUCAAUAGGCGGUGCUGCUGAUCGCUCAGCCUCACCAGUACGGCAGUUGGAACAUGAAGUAGACCGACUGGACGACGAUGGAAAUUAUAUUCCAGAAGACGAUCUGAACAGUGAUCAAGAUGAACUGUCCAGUCUGGACGAGCAGCAAUCUUCAGUUGGCCGUGAAUCAUCGUUGGUGUGUGAGGAGCAAGAGUUUCCUGAGGUAAGCAUUCAAAAAUUUUUAUUUGGUUCAGGUACUUAGCCGUAGUCUUACAAGGGACCUUUUCUUGUUAGCCCAGAGCCCUAGCUCAGAGCCCUAGCCCAGAGCCUUAGCUCAGAGCCCUAGCCCAGAGCCCUAGCCCAGAGCCCUAGCCCAGAGCCCUAGCCCAGAGCCCUAGCUCAGAGCCUUAGCCCAGAGCCCUAGCCCAGAGCCCUAGCUCAGAGCCCUAGCCCAGAGACCUAGUCCAGAGCCCUAGCAGUCCUAGCCCGAACCUUAAACUCACCCCUUGUCUUAGCUUUAGCACUAUUCUUAGGUCUAGUCAUGGCUAGCCUCAACCUUAUCCAUAGCCUUAGUCCUAAUCAUAGUUUUAGUUCUAGAAUUUUGGCCUUAGACCUAGUCCUAGUCUUAUUUUAGGUCUAGCUUUGUCUAUGCCUUACCUUAUUCCUAACCUUUGUUCUAGCCUUAGUUUUAGCUUAAAAGUCCGCACUACCCUUAUCUCGAAACCUAGCCGUAGCCUUAGCUCGAACAUUAUAUGACUUUUGUUCACUAGACUGACAACCCUCGCAGCACUAGUAAUGACACUAAUUCAAAUAUCACUUCAGGAACCCACCAAUGAAGAAAAUGCAGAAGAACAAGAAGACCCACAUGACUACUGCAAAGGAGGGUAUUAUCCAGUUCAGAUUGGCCAAGUGUUCAAUGGAAGAUACCAUGUGAUCAGGAAGGUCGGAUGGGGCCAUUUCUCGACAGUCUGGUUAUGCUGGGACGUUAAGUCUUGCAGAUUUGUGGCUUUAAAGAUUGUCAAGUCAGCGGAAAACUACGCUGUAUCAGCGGCUGAUGAAAUUACAGUAAGUCUUUGAUUUUUUCGUUUGUUUUUUCAAAUUUUAGGUAACAAUAAAGAUGGGUAUAAAGUUAUCAUAAGAAUAUUGGUAGGGGAAAAGGUGGGAUAGGAGGUCUAAGGCUGAAGCUAGGUCUAGGUCUAGGGCAAGCGCUAGAGAGCUGGGGCUGAAGGGGCAGCUGAUGCUAAAGUUGGGACUGGAGCUGGAAUUGGGGCUGGAGUUGAAUCUGGGAUUGAUGCUGGGACUCGGACUGAGACUCCGGCUAAACUUGGGGUUGAAGCAGGGACUGAAACUAAGACUGGUCUAGGGCUAGGGCUGUGGUGGAAGCAGGUGCUAAAGCUGGGACUGAAGCUGGAACUGGGGCAGAAGUUGAAGCUGAAGCUGGGGCCGUAUUUAACACUGGGCUGGGGAUAAGGUUUGGGCUAGGACUGAAGCUGAGUCUCUCAAGGACUAAACUAAGACGCGGACGCGGCUGGAUAGGACUGCCGCGGGAGCUUAAGCUAAAGCUGAUGCUGAAGCUGACGUUGGAGCUGAAGCUGGGGCUAAAGUUGGGGCUGAAGCUAAGACUGGGCUAGGGCUUCGGGCUAAAGCUAGGGCUAGUAAAAUGAUAGGGGUAGGAAUAAAAGAAAUUUGUAAUUUACUUUGCUUUUAGAUAUUAAGAGAAUGUAUGGACAAAGGCCCUCACCAUGGCAAGAGUCGAGUGAUCGAGUUUCUAGACAGCUUCAAAAUCACCGGUGUGAACGGUGAUCACACUUGUAUGGUGUUCGAAGUGCUGGGCUGCACUCUACUCAAACUUAUCAUAGGCACAAAUUACUCUGGCCUUAUGUUGGAGCAUGUCAGGGUAAUCAUCAAGCAAGUACUAGAAGGAUUGUCAUAUCUACACGAUGAUUGCAACAUUAUUCACACUGACUUGAAACCGGAAAACGUUUUAGUCGAAAUGACAGAUUCAGAGAUCCGCAAAAUGGCUAGCGAUACUAUCGUCAAAUUGAAUUUAGGGCUAAAGCCUGAUAUUACUGAGGCUUGCAAUAUGGCUAAGGUAAGUAAAAGUGGCGUUUUGGGUUUCGUAAAGAAAGUUCUUGCUAUUUUGUGUUUUGUAAAGAAAGUUAUUGCCAUUUUUUCCGUAAAGAAAGUUCUUGCCAUUUUUUGAGUUGGAAAGUAAGUUCUUGCCAGUAUUUAUUCUUUAAAGAAAGUUCUUGCUAUUCUUUGUUUUGUAUAGAAAGUUUUUGCGAUUUUUUGUUUUCUUAAGAAAUCUCUUGCCAUUUUUUAUUUUGUAAAAAAAUUUCUUGCCAUUUUUUGUUUCGUAAAGAAAGUUUUUGCCAAUUGAAUUCUAAUAUUCUUGUUUUUAGCCGGUCGAGAAGAAAAUGUCCAAAAACGCGAAGAAAAAGUUGAAAAAAAGGAAAAAGAAGCAACUUGAAAAGCAACAGAACGAGGAUGAAUGUCCAAACACUUCAAAUAAUGACGAAUGUGAAGAGCUAGACGCAUCUCCAAGUGAAGUCAUCGAAUCCUCAGCAAUCUCAGAUGACCUGAUGAAUGAUGAUCAUUUGCCAAUUCAUACAACUGGAGACUGGUCCGACAAUAAAAACGUAGAAAAUGCAAAUGAAAAAACAACAAAAAAGAAGAAAGUAAGCUUUUUUUAAACUGUAGGGCCGAAAUUUCAUUAUUUUGAUGUACUGAAAGGUUUAGAAUAUCGUAGAGAAUACUUCAAAGUUUACGGUGCGGUAGAGCUUAAAGUACAGUAGGGCCUAAUGUACGGUAGAGCCUAGGCUACGGCAAGGGCCUAAGGUACGGCAGGGGCUUAGGGUACGGCAAGGGCCUAAGGUACGGCAGGGGCCUAGGGCACGGCAGGGGCCUGGGGUAAGGUAGAGCCUAGGGUACGGCAGGGCUUAGGGUACCUGAGGGUCUAAGGUACUGUAGGGCCUAGAGUACGAUAGGGCUUAGGGUACGGCAGGGCUUAAGAUGCGGUAAAGCCUAGGGUUUGGUACGGCUUAGGGUACGGCAGGGCCUAGAGUACGGCAGAACGUAGGCUACGGUAGGCCUAGGGUACGGUAGGACCUAGGGUACGGCAGGGCUUAGGGUACGGCAGGGGCCUGGGGUAAGGUAGAGCCUAGGGUACGGCAGAGCUUAGGGUACAGCAAGGCUUAGGGUACGUGAAAGCAUAGAGUACGGUACAGCUUAGCGUACAAUAGAGUCUACUGUAAGGUAGGGAUCAAAGCACUGUUAAGUCUAGCGUAGGGCAGUGGCUGGACUACGGUAGUGCUUAAAGCACUUGUGCCAAUUUUUUAGCACUUACUUUCUUUUUCCAUACUAUGGCUCUCUUACUUCUGUGUGUUCUCUCUGAGCCCUGUGUAUUGAAUAUAGCGUACUACUGUAUAACAUUUAGAAAAACAAAAGGAGUGGCAAAGACAAGGAACAUGAAAUAGAAAGCAAUGAACAAAAAAGGAACGGGAAGCACCAUCACGCUUUGUCUCAUCUAAUUGAAAACUGUUCAUUUGAUUUUACAAAAAGCGAAGAGCCAACGGAAGAGUUUGGAGACUUGCCUCCUCUCAAGGUGAAGAUCGCCGACUUGGGAAAUGCUUGUUGGACGGUAAGUUUGGGCAGGGUAAAGGGCGGAGUAAUAUCUUAAAAAGUUUUUUUGACAUUUUUAAAUGUAAUCCUAACUAAUUUGCAUAAAAAUUAAAUUUUAAAAACUUUUCAGACUCAACACUUUACGUCAGAAAUCCAAACAAGACAGUACCGUGCUCUUGAAGUCAUCAUUGGUGCAGGAUACGAUACGAGUGCUGACAUCUGGAGUGUAGCUUGUAUCGCUUUUGAAUUGGCUACCGGUGAUUACCUAUUUGAGCCACAUGGAGGAGAAACAUAUGGUAGAGAUGAGGAUCAUCUUGCUCACAUGAUUGAACUCUUGGGUAUCAUACCACCUUCGAUAUUUAAGCGUGGAAAGUAUUGGCAACAGUACUUUAACAAAGUAAGUGAUUCUUAGCCGGACCUAAUCCUAGAUAUAGCCCUAGCUCAGAGCUCUAGCCUAGAGCCCUAGCCGGAAGUCCUAGCCCGAAGCCCUAACUCUAGCCCAAAGUUCUAGCUCAGAGUCCUAGCCCCAGCCUAGAGCCCUAGCCCAGAGCCCUAGCCCAGAGCCCUAGCCCAGAGCCCUAGCCCAGAGCCCUAGCCCAGAGCCCUAGCCCAGAGCCCUAGCCCAGAGCCCUAGCCCGAAGCCCUAGCUCUAGCCCAGAGCUCUAGCCCAGAGCCCUAGCUCAGAGCCCUAGCUCAGAGGUCUAGCUCAGAGGUCUAGCUCGAAGCCUUGGUUCAGAGGUCUAGUCCUGAGCCCUAGCUUUAAGUCUAGCUGGGGGUGAGAAAGAAAGGGCCGGGCCCACUUUCAAGGCUUGGUUCAGAUCCGAGGCUUAAAAUUUAGGCCCGGCUCUCUUUCAUUUUUUUUUCUCAUGCCAGUCUAGCUCGCAUAAAAAAAUUCUAGGUUCGGUCCACACGGCUUGUUUUUCAUCCUUAGACUUGGUCCUAGCUCUAGUUUUAGUCCUAGCUUUCAGUUUAAGUUCUAGUCCAGUCCUAGCUUUUGGCUCUAGUCUUAUCCUAAGCUUAUGCUCUAUACUGCCCGCAAAAAUUAUUGACUAUACCUAUGACGUGACUAACGAGUUUUAGCAGUAUUAUUAAUCUUAGCUUUACUAGCGCCCUUACUUCAUGGCCCAGCUCUACAUUUUCUCAUGUCAGCCCUGGGCUGACUUUUGGCCCACCCGUUGCCCCUCGUUUGCUGUACCCAUGCCCAACCUUUGUAAUUAUCAAUAUUGGAUCAAUUUUCAGUUUGGCGGUUUGUUGCACAUCCCACACCUACGACCCUGGUCAUUAUACGAAGUUUUGGUCGAAAAGUAUCAAUGGCCUGAAAGACAAGCUCAAGGGUUUGCUGACUUUUUGCUGCCAAUGUUGGAAUUCGACCCAGCCAAGAGAAUUCGAGCUACUGACGCUCUGAAACGUCCGUGGAUUAACACACCGAUCUCAGACGACGCCUCCUCUUAUUCACCACAGGAUAAUGGCUUUUCGUCUCGGAAGUAUUCGAUCUAA